AUGGACACAACGGUAGAUGCCUCGAACACGAGAUGUUUCCAACGAUUAUUCGCGCAAUAUGGAAUGAAGAAUAAUUUAAGGCAAGUUCGUUUUCCCUCUUUUUUCGUUCAACCUUGUUUUAGCUUCGCUUUGCCGACUGGAAACAACGAGUGGCGAAACGGGCUGGGUCACUCGUUCAACCCGCUUUCGAGCUCGGGCAAUAUCAGCACGGUGAUUGGCUUGACCGACAACAACGAAGACUACCACUUUGACAUCAUUUUCCACGAAAUGGUUUUCGACGCGGUAAAAAUCUACGAAAUCAUGCCUGGCGACACGAUUUUCAUUUCGCUGCUUCAAGAUCCGGUUUUGAAGUUCUACGACGCCUGGGUCAAGUACGAGGAUCACUGGGCGAUGAAGGAGAAGCUUAAAGGCCUCUCUCGCUUCGAAGCGAUGAGCACCUUCCUCAACGACACGGACGAAUACCUCAAGGACCCCAGGAAGAUGUAUCUCGACGCGCAAAUGCUCAAGGGAAAAGGAAUCCGAAAGGCGAAUGCGAAAAUGAAGCACGGGAUCGAGCCGCUUAUUCACCUUGUUAAUCCGCAGCUAUUUGUCCUCGGCUUCGAAAGCACAGAAUUCCGGCAAGUAGACAAUCUGUACCAGGCGAUGAUCAAAAGCACCGAGUCGCAAUUCCACGUGAUGCUGCUCGACGAGUUCUUUGAAGAGUCGUUGGCGAUGCUGAAACACAAACUCUGCUGGACGGUUCGGGAUGUCGUCUACUUGGCGGCGGCGAUCAGGAGGCCGCAAACUGUGCGGAGCUACGAGGAUGUCGGGCUCAGCGACGAAAUUGUGGAAAAAAUCAGACACGGAUUUUCAAAAACGUCGUUUUUUUGGUGA